AUGGAAUACUCUCCGCAAUACCAGCAACCGCAUGGCCAGCACCCUCACGCUCCAUCGCACAUGGCCGGCGCGUAUCAAAACGCCCAGAACGCCGGGUCGUUGACUUCUCCCACAAAUCCACAGGCGCACAUCCCCCAGAACCACCAAGCGUCUCCGAUUCUGCCUGGCCAGGGCCACUAUCAGCAGUCCCAAAAUGCACCGGGCGCCGUCCAUCAACAAAUGAAUUUUGCGCAACCAUACGGUGUCACAACGUCGAUGCAGCCUCCCUACGGAAUUUCACCCACGCAAGCAGCCGCCAUGGCCACCGCGGCCGCCUCGGGCCAGUUCUACCCCAUACCUCAGGAUCAAAUGGCGGGACAAAUGGCGCCAGGCCCGCGUGGGUCACCACGCAUGGCUGGUGUACAAGUAAAGAACGAGCGAAAUCCCCGAUCACCUACGCAGGUAUCUGGCCAGAUCCCCUCUAUGCCACCUCAGGUGCAGCUGUCACAGAAUGCUCAGAUGCAGCAAAAUCGACGGAUGAGCCAUGUUGGUAGUCCACAUUUGCCCAAUGCGCAACCAGUCAUCAAUCACGUAGGUCGCCCCGGUGUUCCUCCAACCAUGCCUCCUCCUCAACCUCAAGUACAACAGGCUCCGCCGAACGCCGAACCAGUCGCAGGCGGCACACAAGAGGAAUCACCUCUGUAUGUCAACGCGAAACAGUUCCACCGGAUUCUCAAGCGACGAGUUGCGCGACAGAAGCUCGAGGAGCAAUUACGGCUCACUUCGAAAGGUCGCAAGCCAUACUUGCAUGAGUCACGACACAACCAUGCCAUGCGACGGCCUCGUGGUCCUGGUGGAAGGUUCUUGACAGCCGAUGAAGUGGCCGCAAUUGAAAAGGGUAAAGGUGGUCCAGACAGUGUCGAUGAUGAGGUGGCCAAACCAGCCGGUGAGAGCAACUCGACGGCACAGAAACGAAAGUCUGGCGUGGCUGACGAUGGCAACUCCAACCCUUCAAAGAAGAGUAAAAUAAGCACGAGCGCCGAAGAAAGCGAAGAUGUUGACUCUGGCGAGCCUUCGGAUGAAGAUGGUUGA